AUGGAUUUAAUUAGACCAACAAAAGAAACUUUAUUAAGUGAAAUAAUUACGAGAAAUCAGGAAGCAAUAUAUGCUUCAACUAAAAAACGGCCACUUGGAUGUUCAUUCAUACAAGAUUUACCACCUUAUUUGGAUAAAUAUAAAACAACAUUUGGAAUGAUAUAUGAAAAAGGGGAAAGAGCCGGAGAUUUAAUAAACCCACGAAGAAAACGUAUUGAUAUUACAAAUGAAGAAUUAGAGAAUCAUCAACAUUAUCUCAUUUCGCAUAAACAUUUAUCCCCUGGUGAGCAGGCGCAUAGAAAUUAUAAAAAAAUACGUGAUACAAUGAAAAUUCCUGAUGAUCAUAUAUUUGGGUUAAUUAAUAAAACUAAUGAUAUUGCAGUUGGCCAGCUACUACAUGGUUUAUUACCAAGAAAUAUAUCUGGAUUAUAUACUGACGACAGUAGCAUUGAUAAACAAAGUGAAUUCAACAAGAAAAAAUACACAGAGUACAGUGAUAGGUUCAAAUUAAUAAUGUCGGUUAUUCAUCAUGCUCUUAGAAAAGCACAUUACACACAUGGACCAGAAAUUAUCGCCACUCUUUGUCAACUAGCUAAUAAGUCGAAUCUUAUUCCAAUGAUUGAUGCACGUCAAAUUUUUAAUCAUUUUCAAGUACCAUUAGAUGAAGAGUUAACGGAACAUUUAUUUGAUUUAAUCACAGUACCAGCGUCAAAUGAAAUGAUUGAACAUGUUAAAGAAUGUAUAAAGCAUAAUAAAGCGAACAAUAUAAAUAAUGAGAAACAUUAUCAUAUUGAGAAUGAUAUGAUUAAUUGGGCAAUUGAUUGGUGUAAAUUAAGUGAAUUAUUGAAUUGGAAUAAUGAUAAAUCUAUGCGAAAUCGCUGUUCUGGUUUUACUACUAUUACUAGUAAUAAUAAUAGUAGUAUUGUUAAACCAGAAUGUUAUGAGGAUACUGAAAAUGUCCGCAGUCGUCUUCAACGUGCUAUUCAAGCAAAUAUUCAUCAUUGGACAACAACAAAUUCCAUAUACACUGGUAAUCUUAAUGGAUUAAUUAAUACAGAUAAUUGGGAAAUCCUUGGUGAAAAAAGCCUUCAACUUGAUAAAUUAGUACCUAAGUUUCGUAGAACUACUGAUCACGCAUAUUACGGUGAUGAAGCUGGUGUUGGAUCAAUUAUAAGUCCAAGUAUAUUCACAGACUAUGGAUUAACUAACAGAGAUCUACUAACUCUACGUAAUAAACAAGAUACAUUGAAUCUGUUUACUGAAGCUAAUUUGUGUCAUUUAUUCAACACUCCCCUAAGUUUUGACAAAGUCUGGCAAAUGGCACUGAGUUUCGAUAAGGCAUUGUUGGGGAAUAAACGGCCGAAAACAGACGACCAAGUUACUUUACAAUCAUUUAAAGAUGCGUUAUUUAAACUUCAUAAGGAUUCAUAUCAGCAAGAAGAUCGGUCGUGAAUACAUACGGGAAAGUGUUUUUAGUUAAUAAUGUAUUAUUAUUAUCAUUAUACAGCAAUUAAGAACCUACAGAUCAUUAAUUCAUAGUAAGUUGCUGUAUUCAGGUAACAAUUCAGUGGGUGAAAUAUAUACUUGACCAAUAUUUGUACAUUAUUUCCUUC